CACUGCAGCACCAGCAGUUGAACCUGUCGUCCUGGGAAAUUUCCUCGCUCGGCAGGGGAACCCGAAUACUUUCCUAACCAGCUGCGGUUGCUGCGCACACGCGCGAGCAUCUGGGUCACAGGGCGGGACUUCCAAGCAAGCCUAAACCUCAACACUGCCGCCUCUUUCUUUUUUUCAAAAAAGAAGACCCCCCCCCCCCACAAAGAUUUAGGACCCGAUCCUUUCUUUUCCCUCUUCCGCCUUGGUCACGGAGCCCUCUGCCGGCUUGCAUCGCCUAGAUACGCAAAUCAACGGUUUGGAUAGAAAAUCAAUCGUUUUCCCUUUGCUGCUGGGGUUUUGUUUUUUGUUGCUAUGUCUGCCUUCCAAGCGACGCGCUAAGUUUUCGGUAGGAAGGAGCCGGCCGCGUCUCCCUCGUUCACUCCCGAUUCUCCGCUCCGCUUGGUUUCCGUAAGACAAAUCCUCUUCAAUUGAGCAGCCUGAUUUUGCUGCUCUCUCCUCAACACUCACUCACAAAACAGCGAGACCAUCUGAAAGCAGCCCAAGUUCGCAGAAAAGAAGGUGCAACUCAAAUUAAUUUUGAAAUGUAUGUUGGAAAUCUGUCUGUUCUCCUGCUGAUGAUUCUUAGCUGUGCCAGCCUAGGUCAGCUUUGCCCGAUACGCUCGAUCAUUAACAUUCCAGAAGGAGAAUAUUUUUCAAUUUGCUGUCCCGGGGUGGAACAAGAUAGAGGCUAUGCUGUACACUGGUAUAAGAAAAGAGGAGAAGAUUGGACAUUGAUUCAAGGAGACAACAGAACUGAGUUGAGCGGGACUUACUUGGAAUUUUGGCCAGCUGUGCUGAAUGACACUGGAAACUAUAUGUGUAAUUCCAGCAAUGGAAAACACAAUCCAAAGAAAUGGUCUUUGAUUGUCCUCCAAAGAAGUAGAACAAGUUGCUUCAAUGCCAACCACGUGUCAUCUGCUAUACAUGGAAUUCUUGGAAGAACCUAUCACCUGAAAUGCAAUGAUACAUACCACAAGGCAAAUGUUGCCAAGAUAACAUGGUACAAGGACUGCAGGAAGCUCCCUCAAACAAAGGAGGAGUGGUCUAUCGAUGAGCUAACAGCGGGAGAUUCUGGAAACUUCACAUGCGUGAAGUCAUUUGUUCAUGCAGGAAAGAGAUACAAUGCUACCAAAACAAUAGGACUAACAGUGAAAGAAGGUCUUGAGGAAAUCACAAAGCCUGGGCUAAUUGGAUCCGAAAGUUAUACCAUCCUAACGGAAAUAGGUAAAAAGGAAAUCCUCAACUGCACAGCUUUUUUAGGUUACUCUAACAAUGUAGUUGAAGACUUUCUGCUUUACUGGGCACACCAAGAUGACAUGAUAGGUCGCUGUGAGGACAACGACUUGCCAUGUGAAAUGGAAUACCAUUAUCAAGAAGAAGGGAAAAACUAUUCUUUGAAGCAGUUGUGGAUCAAGAGUGUUAAAGAGGCGGACAUCAAUUUUUCAUACAUAUGCAAUUUUGUGGCAGCUGGUUACCCUGAAAAGCAAAUAGUUACACUGCAGAAAGAAACGAAUCGAGACAUACCCUUGCGGGUCUUUACCCCUGGAAUUAUCGCAGUAAUCUUGCUUUCCCUUGUUUCUGUUCUUGCGGUUGUUCUGUCUGUGAUAUUCAAAGCUGACCUUGUUUUAUUGUACAGAGAUGUCACAGGGAAGGAUGAAACGAUUGGAGAUGGAAAAAUAUAUGAUGCAUUUGUGUCUUACCUGAAAGACUCUAUACCCAUAUGUGACGAAGAGAGAAAAUUUGCACUGAACAUAUUGCCCACAAUAUUAGAAAAACAUUUUGGAUACAAACUGUGUCUCUUUGAACGGGAUAUCUCUCCUGGAGGAGCUGCUGUUGAUGAUGUCCAGUCAUAUAUUGACAGAAGUAGAAGAUUAAUCAUCAUACUGAGUAAGAACUACAUCUCUGACAAAGUCAUGUUUGAACUUGAAACUGGGCUUCACAAGGCCUUGGUUGAGAAGAACAUUAAAGUGAUACUAAUAGAAUAUAUGCCUAUACGUGACCUUGAUUUCUUGCCCAAGUCUUUGAAACUUCUUUCACCAAGCCACGUGCUGAAAUGGAAAGAAGAGAAGUCACUCGCUUUAAAUUCCAGGUUUUGGAAGAAGCUCCGCUAUGCGAUGCCUGCUAAGCCCUCCUCAAUGAAGGAACCAACUAAUUUGUGAGAUGUACAUUCCAGGACAGAGCAUGACCAAUUCAGCCACCCCUGAUGGGCUUCACUCAGGUUUCAUCUUAGUAAGGCUACUAGCUUUAUAUCAGAAUCCCUUUAGAACAAGAUGUUGCUACAGGCUGUUGACUGUUUGCAAUUAGAGUGGCUGUAUUUGGGAAGUUUUGUGUCUCAUAUCCCCAAAACAAAAUGUGUCAGAAAAUGUACCGUGUGAUCUUUAAGUAGAUGCAGCACUCUCUGGAAGCCAGCUCAACAUAGGACUCAAUAGAGAAUAUUUUGUCUCCUUAUAUGGACAGAUGUCAUUCAUAGGUUUGCUGCCUUCAGUGUUGCAGACCCUGUCCUGUGGAACUCCUUGCCAAGAGAGGAUCAGCAGGAAACGCUCCUGCCUUCUUUUAUACAUCUCCUGAAAUUGUAAUAUUCAGACAAGCCUUUGCAAUGUGAAAUUAUUUUUACCAACCUGUAUUUAUUGAUUUUUUAAAAAUGGUGUUUAUAAUGAUUUUUUAAAAAAUCUUAUAGUAAUUUUAUGUGCUGUAUAUUGCCUUGCUGUAUUUUUUAAUGAAUCCGCAGUCUAUAGAUAUUUCCAAAAAAUAAAUGUCUGCAUCUGUGUGCACACACUCCAACUGUGGUGCUAUUUUUACUUUCAAAAGACACGCUGGGUGGGAACAAGAUAUUUGUAGAAAUAUAAUAUAUGCUGCCUUGGUUUGUUAUCUCACUUUUAAAACCAGACGUUGCUGAAUCUGAUGAGCUACAAUAAACCACAGU